UAAUUUUUUAGCAGCUUAAAAUCUAACUACGGAGACGCGUGAUACUCUGUUUGGUAUUAAUAACUAGUUCCCAAAUCUUGGCAUGAAAUUGGACGCGGCCGCAGAAAUGAUCCAGUAGUUACCGUACAUCACAUACUUCUUUCUUCACCUGGCAGGUAAAGUGAGUGUUGUUUCGAUUUAUGAAAUGGAAGCAGAAUUAGAUUUGGAUCCAGAACAGCAACAUAUGAUGGAAAAUGGUUUUUCACGAAUUAAUACCAUGCAAAUUGAUCCUAGAAGAGCUCGCUUUCCGUGCUCUAUUGUCUGGUCACCACUUCCUGUUAUCUCAUGGUUCAUUCCUUUCAUUGGUCACAUUGGUAUUUGUAGAGAGGAUGGUGUUAUUUUGGAUUUUGCAGGUCCUAAUUUUGUUUGUGUUGAUAAUUUCGCAUUUGGUUCCGCUACCAGAUAUCUUCAACUACCCAAAGAUAAGUGUUGCAUCCCCUUAAGCCAGUCUGCCUACAAGGGUGAGGAACACUACAUGCAGGAUGAAACUGGAGGCGAGUUGAGGACCUGGGACGAUGCUCUACUGAAGAGUACGCAAGAAUUCCAACACCGAUCAUACAGUCUCUUUACAUGCAACUGCCACUCCUUUGUUGCCAAUAAUUUGAACAGGCUCGGCUAUCUGUCCAGUGGAUGGAAUGUGGUGAACCUUGCAGUUUUCAUCUUACUCAACGGGCGCUGGGUCAGCAAAAUUUCUAUGCUGCGAACUAUUUUACCAUUUGUGAUUGUAUUUUUUCUUGGAGUCACAUUGGGAGGCUUCACUUUCCUAAAAUUUUGGUUCUUAUUCACUUCGGUUCUUAUUGGCUGGUUCAUUCUUGGUACAUACUGUUUUAAGGAUAUGAUUCAGUUGUAGUAUCUAUUUUUCUCAGUGAUAUUUAGUAUAAAACUGCAAUGCAAUACAUUCCAAGUUUGUGAAACAUAACUGUGUACUUUAUGUUCAGAUUUGAGAAUCAUAUUCAGCUGUAGUAUAUCUGCUUCUCUUACUGGCGCCCAUUCUACUUUGUAUAAAAAUGUAAUGCAUUCUCAUGCUUGUGAAACAUAACCAUAUGCUUCAUGCAUUCAGAUUUCA